CAUCCCGAAGGGUAUUUAAGGAUCGCGCACGCGGGGUUGCGGAGAUCUUUCCGGCAGCCGCGACUUAGGCUUCGCGACUAGCAUUGGCUCCUUGGGUUUAUUUGGUUUUCCUCUCUUCUCCCCCUUAGCCGCCCCUUUCGCGCUGCGCUGUAGCGUGCUCUCCCAGCCUUUUUGCCUUGAACUGAAUGCAGGUGGGAAACAGGUCGGCGUGCUGAAAGACACCGAGUAGGUAGAAAUAAGGCAAACUCACAGAGGCGCAACAGGUUCGGUCCUCCGUGGCCAGGGCGAGCCGCGGCCCCGCGCCGUGCCUCGGUAGCCGUCCCUCGGACCCUGAGCGACCGCUGUCGGGGACCUCGGAAGAGGUGUCUGUCCUCUGGGAGUCGGAAGAGCUGUCUGGGUGGGCUUCGUCUUGCUUUUUACCCCACCGCCACCCGGUACCCGGUCUGAGGGUGCUUUUCACUUCCAGCUGGGAGGAGAGAAGAAAGCGGGGAUAGUGCACGCCUGCGGGUCUGGACGCUGAGCAAGGCAGGGGUCCAUCUCCGCUCGCGGGCUUGACUCCACCAGCUAGUUGUGCAACCACAGGGACUGAACUUUGGAGGAAUCGACCUUUUUCUUUCCUUUUAGGAUUAUUUAAGGUGUAGAGGGUGGGAAGCGAAGCCGAGACGGCCGACCCCGCCACGAUGCUGCUGAAGAAGCACGCAGGAAAAGGAGGGGCCCGGGAGCCCGGAUCCGAGGACUCGAGCCCUGCCGAGCAGCAUUGUGCCCGGACCAUGUCACCGUGCGCCUUCCUGGCGGCUCUUCUGUCAGUGGUGGCCGUGGUGUCUUGCCUGUACCUGGGUGUGAAAACCAACAACCUCCAGGCGAGGAUCGCCGCUCUCGAAUCCGCCAAAGGGGCCCCUUCCAUUCAUCUGCUGCCUGAUACCCUGGAUCAGCUCAAGGCUAUGGUGCAAGAGAAAGUGGAGCGACUUCUGGCUCAGAAAUCCUAUGAACAUAUGGCUAAAAUAAGAAUCGCAAGAGAAGCACCUUCAGAAUGUAACUGCCCAGCAGGCCCUCCAGGGAAACGAGGUAAGAGAGGCCGAAGAGGAGAAUCUGGUCCUCCUGGUCAGCCUGGGCCUCAGGGCCCUCCUGGUCCAAAAGGUGAUAAGGGAGAACAAGGUGAUCAGGGACCUCGGAUGGUGUUUCCUAAAAUCAAUCAUGGGUUUCUCUCUGCUGAUCAGCAGCUCAUUAAACGCCGCCUGAUUAAGGGUGACCAAGGACAGGCAGGGCCUCCAGGACCCCCUGGCCCUCCAGGCCCAAGAGGGCCACCUGGGGACACAGGGAAAGAUGGCCCCCGUGGAAUGCCAGGAGUACCUGGUGAACCAGGAAAACCAGGAGAACAAGGCUUGAUGGGUCCUCUAGGGCCUCCAGGACAAAAGGGUUCUAUUGGAGCACCUGGAAUUCCAGGGAUGAAUGGGCAAAAGGGUGAGCCCGGGUUGCCUGGAGCAGUAGGACAGAAUGGAAUACCAGGACCAAAGGGAGAACCUGGAGAACAAGGUGAAAAGGGAGACGCUGGAGAGAACGGCCCCAAAGGUGACACAGGCGAAAAGGGUGACCCUGGAUCAUCUGCUGCGGGAAUUAAGGGAGAACCUGGAGAAUCUGGUCGUCCAGGGCAAAAGGGUGAACCAGGGCUUCCUGGGCUUCCUGGACUUCCGGGGAUAAAGGGAGAACCAGGUUUCAUUGGUCCUCAAGGAGAACCAGGCUUACCAGGUUUACCAGGAACAAAAGGUGAACGGGGGGAAGCAGGACCUCCUGGAAGAGGUGAGCGAGGGGAACCCGGAGCCCCCGGACCAAAGGGGAAACAAGGUGAAUCAGGAAGUAGAGGCCCAAAGGGGUCAAAGGGGGAUCGUGGAGACAAAGGGGACUCUGGAGCUCAGGGACCAAGGGGUCCACCUGGUCAAAAAGGGGAUCAAGGAGCCACUGAGAUCAUAGACUACAACGGCAACCUCCACGAAGCCUUACAGAGGAUUACCACGUUAACUGUCACGGGUCCUCCUGGGCCUCCUGGACCUCAAGGACUACAAGGGCCAAAGGGAGAGCAAGGAUUUCCAGGAAUCCCAGGAAUGGAUGGAGAGCAGGGACUCAAAGGCUCAAAGGGAGACAUGGGGGACCCAGGUAUGACAGGCGAAAAAGGAGGAAUUGGACUUCCUGGAUUACCGGGAGCCAAUGGAAUGAAAGGAGAAAAAGGAGAUUCUGGAAUGCCAGGUCCACAGGGUCCUUCUAUCAUAGGCCCACCAGGCCCACCAGGUCCCCAUGGCCCACCUGGCCCCAUGGGACCUCAUGGACUUCCUGGACCAAAGGGUGAACCAGGGUUAAAUGGUGUUAAAGGAUUGAAGGGUGAACCAGGUCAAAAGGGUGACAGAGGACCCCUUGGUCUUCCAGGAGCAUCUGGCUUAGACGGAAAGCCAGGAUCCCGGGGAACAGAUGGUCCUAUGGGACCCCAUGGCCCUGCAGGUCCCAAAGGAGAAAGAGGUGAAAAAGGAGCUAUGGGAGAGCCUGGACCAAGAGGGCCCUAUGGGCUGCCUGGGAAAGAUGGAGAGCCUGGUCUUGAUGGCUUCCCUGGUCCACGGGGUGAGAAGGGCGAUCUAGGAGAAAAGGGAGAAAAGGGGGAAAAGGGAAAGAAAGGCAAAAAGGGCCCUAAAGGGGAGAAAGGAGAACAGGGUGCUCCUGGAUUAGAUGCACCCUGCCCGUUGGGGCCAGAUGGCUUACCCAUGCCUGGCUGUUGGCAAAAGUGAUGAAUCUAACCUUUCAAGCAUGAAGUUGUGUAUAUAAUGGUCCUCUUUUAAUAUUUAUAGUUGAAAACUGAAUUGCAGAUUUUACAAGUCUGAGAUAUGUUUACAUAGGGCUGCUUCUUCCUGCUGGCAAUAGUAUACAUGUCCAUUUUUACUCCACUUACAUCUGAAAUUGGGCAAUUUGUGAAAUCAGUGAGUAACCUGCAAAAAAUAUAGAUCAGUAUCUCUUUAUCUUAUGUGAAGAUACGUAUUUAUAUGGACAAAUCAGUGGUAGAUAAUGAUUGAUUGUACUAGCUAUUUUCCUUCUUCGGGCUUGCUAAUUGCAUGGACAAAAAGUGCCAUGAAAUAGUUUACAUGAAAUGGUGACCAAAUAUGGGCUCAAAGCUAUGAAAAUGUACUAUACUGACUGAUUUGAGAGUUGAUUAUCACAUUCCUAUUCACCUUUCAUGUUGGCAUUGACUCAUACCUACACUACCCAUUGAAAUUGACUAAAAAAGCAUGACUGUGUGCCAAACCUGCUUGCUGUGCAACUUCAGAUGCUAGCAUGCUGAUCACAAGUCCUUUGAUUACAUCUGAGCUUUUAUUCCUUUUGUCAUCUCAAGGGGGUUACACCAUGGCUUAUUGCCAAAAAGAGAUAAGGUGGUGGAGAGCACACACACAAUUUGUCUUGUAUUUUGAGGGAGUUGCAGUCCUGACUGCAGAUCUUCAGCUUCCAGUAUUGUGGGCUCACGUGGCCACUUUGGUUGAAAUACGAAGGGGUUGAGCCUGUUGCUGCCGCCAGUUUUCCUUGGGCUGCCCUUGGCAGUGAAGACACGGGAAGAGGACCGAUUCAGCCUCCAGCACUGUCCCUCGUGUGACCAAGUAGGAAAGAGGUUUACAAAUGCAAACAUGCAGAACCAGACUUAAAAAAUAUAUAUAAAUAAACUGAAUUUCAGCAAGUGUUAAUAUGGGUGCUUUUAAAAAUGACAGAGGCACAGCGCUUCUUUUGGAAUAGGAGAUUCUUGGAAUGGGAGCCCUUGUCCCUGAGGAAACAGGGAUGUGCAUCCCACCAAAACUUGGGUUACUGAAGAAAUAACAUGUUCUGAGAAGGGAUCAGCCAAAAUCACCUUUCCUGAUGAUGUAGGAGAGCUUACUGGGACAUCUGUGCCAAAGUUGUUGUGAGAGCUUUCCUUCCUCCAAAGAUCCAACCCAUGUCAAACAUUUCCUACAAAGUUUGAGAAACAGAAAGGUAUUUUUCAUUCUUUUUAAUGCUUUUUCCUUUUUCUUUCUUUAGUCCCAGGAAUAUUGAAAAAAUAUUCAUUUCAGUUUUUGUCACAUAUGUUUUGAAGAAUUUUUUUAAGAAGACUUCAAAUCAUAAUAAUUUGGCUCCGAUGGUCAAAAUGACCUUUUACUAACUUCUCUCUUGUUUUGGAUAAUUGCAUAGAGUAUAAAAUAAGCUCCACUUUCAGUCUAAUCAUUGUAAAGCAUGAAAGUUACACAUUUUUAAGUAUGUUUUGACUUUCUUUACAUGAUGAAUGUAACGUACAUGGAGAUUAUCAGUUAAUAUAAAGCCAAGAUUUUGUCACAUUUGAUAAUAUUAAUUUCUGUUUUUAUGGUUUUAAGUUUUGUCUAUAUUUAGAUUUCUUUCUUUUUAACAUUUCUAAAUGUUUGUCUCAUCCUCAUAUCCACAGACCAAAUCUAAGAUCUCAGAAAGCUGUGAAAUAUAGUUGCCAUAAAGAGAGUAUUUUUCAUCUACUUGCUCAAACUUUACCUAAACGAAUUAGACGGAACAUUUCUUUGCACAGUAAAGAGUUGGUAGCGUGUUUUGAAAUGGCUUAUUCUAAGUGGAAGUGUUACAUUAAAAGAAACAUUAUCAAUGAGGAGUAGGCACCCUUUCAGCCCAUUAGAGAAUUUAAUUUCUCUCCUGACUCGAUGCCGUCUUCUGGGAAGAUUUCUAGUUUCACGCAUAGGUGUCACCACCAGAAGGGAAAUUAACUCAUCACUGGCUUAUAGUUAAGAUAUAACCAUAAGACAAGAAACCUAAAAUCCUCAUGAUCUCAUUUAUGUUAUGUAACCAAAUGACGGUCAUACAAAAUGGCAUCUUUUUUUUUUUCUAUUAAAUUUUUAAAGUUGAAAGAUGUUUAAACUAUUAGAUCAGUCUAAUUGGUAACAUCUCUGGUAACAUUCCACACCCCUAAGCCAGUUUAGCAUUUUGAAAAUAAUGGAGGGCAUUUUCUAACAAUUUCUUGUAUGGCAUGGUGUUAGGAUAAGGUAUUGCUCAAUGUCUGACACAAUUUGUCUUAAAUGGUUUGGAAAAAUGAACUGAAGUGGGUGGAACGACAUUCUCUUCAGGAAAACAAACUACAGUGUCCAGUGGCUGUAUUUUUUCCCUUCUAUCUUUUUUUCUGCUUCUCUAGUAGAAAGAGGUGGAUUGAGAUGGAUCACUAUUUAAAACUUGCACAGCUUCAGGAGAUGAUACCUCUACAUCAAAAGAAAAACACUUUAUGUACAAAAAAUUUGUUUUGAAAUACAGCCCUUCAAAGAAUACUGUUCUGUCCUGUGUGUAUAUUGAGUUUUUUCUCUAUAACUGAUUUCACAACAUCGACUUAUUUCAUGAUUAAAUGAGGUUAUAAACUUCCAUUACAUUUAUUUCCUUGGGAAAAACAAAGGGAUGACGAUACUCCUCCUUGUUCAGUGGAAUUGCUAGGUCUUAACCAUAAUGGAUAAUCUUUAACUUUCGGUUACUACAAUGUUUUCAAGCAUCCAUUUUGUCAUCAAUAUAGAGAAUUCUUAAAUAAUUUCUAAAUGAAUGAAAGAAUUGUGUUUGUUGAUAUGUGUUGAUAGAUAAUAUACUUUCCUUAAAGAUUUUUUUAAUGUAUGUUAUUGGAGAGAGGGUUGAGAAAAUAUACAUGAAAGACACAUUGGAAACAAGGCAAGGUCAGUUUCUAUUUCUGAUAAAACAUUAAAAGAUGGCAAAUUGAUAUGUGUUUUAGAUUUAAAAUUGUUUUUCAUGUAUGUUGGUUGGUGCUAAUGUAUUUCUUUUCCUUUUUCUCUAUGGACAAUGCAACUACUAUGGAUAAUUUUAUUUCCCUGCUUAAUAGCAUUCCUAAAUCAUUAGUGUGUGAUUUUAUUUUUAAAGUUCAUGAAUUUGCUAUAAUUAUGGUCCAAUGACCAGGCUUUCUUAAUGUAAAACAAAACAGUAUACCUAUAGAUGGAUGAUGUGUGUUUACUCGGAUCAUGGAUCCUCCUCUUUCAUAGUCAUUUCAUACAUCAUAUGCCUUUAUCUACUUUCAUGUGUCUCAUCUUUUUCAUUCACUCAUCUUUUAGUUUAUAUGAUUUGAUGAAACAUGACAAAACUAGCAUUAGAGAAGUCUGCACACACCUUAUAGAGUACUUAGUGCACAAAUAUACCUAAUUUUUUCUUUCAGUUUUUGUUUUUCAUUAGUAAAAGCAGUCUUGGAGGACUUUUUUUCUCAUGUGAUCUUAUAGAGGACAUUAGAAUAUCUUUAAUUCCUACUAGAAGAAAGGUCUUGUUUUUAAAUUUACAUUCUGUGCAUACGAUGUUCUGAUGGGACAGCAAGAACUUACACAUCAAGUAGUUUAUACUACAUGUCCUUUGUCUAUCUAUCUAUAUAGACAUAUAUAUAUGCUAGUUUAGAAAACUGUCAAAUCAGCAUGUCAGUACCAAUGGAAAAAUUGUCUUUGAUAUGUUGUAUUUUUAUCACUUAGGAAAUGUGCUUAAUUUCCAAGGUUUAUUUUUUUUUUAAUGUUACUAUCAAAGCAUGAACACUUAACAUAAUUUGUUAUUCUUUCUUUCCCCACUAUAUAUUGUCUUACCCAGAAUUGGGCUAUACUUUGGUGGUAUUUUAACAUCUUCUAAUAAGUGAUCAUAAGCAACAUACAGAUGCUAAUAUUUGAAAUCUUGUUUUUUCUUAUUUCCUAAUAAUCAAAUUAUAUUAAUAUUUCGCACUUCAAAAAAAUAGGAUUUUCUAAUUUGUAAAAACAAAAGCUCCUGCUAUCUCUUGGAAGUUAAGUCCUUAGGAACCCUAUCUUAUCUUUCUAAAAAUAAGAACAAUCUGACUAUUAUUGUGAUUCUGGCUAUUAAAAUCAUACAUCCGUAGUGGAAUUAACAAGCUUGACCAAUUAUGAUUAUGCUAAAUUGUUUUAGACUAGAAGGACUGUCAGUCCCUACUUCUUCCCAUUUUUAUUGGGAUAUCUAUGUUGGCUAGAUUUGUUGCCAACAUAAAGUUGACACAGCAGGACACUCCUCUAACUUAAAUUUGUAGUGGAGUUUGGUUUUUGCUAACCCCAUACUAAUAAACACUUUAAUGACUUUUUUCAUUUCAAAAUAUUUAAAUGUAUAAAAUUGCCUGUGCUGCUUAUUGAAAGAACUGUCCUUUUGGGAAUGGGAAGAUUUUUUCCAGCCUAAACAGUUAUGCGUGAUUUAUUAACAACUUAACAAAGAAAGUACCACAUUUCUCAAAAUGUAGUUGAUAUUCUCACCUAUCUCAGAAAUAUUAAUGAAUUGGAUUCACAAAAGAAUGUCUUACAUACUGUUGACAUUUAUGUGAGUAUUCUUUAUACUGUUGUAAAUGUUUCAUUCAACUUAAUAACAUUUUUAAAAGAUGUAUGUAUCUGAUUUUUCUUUAGAAAAUAUUAUAUUUUUAUUUGUAUUUUUUACAUUUUAAAGUUCAUCUCUAUGUGCAGCUAUUUUUAUAUUGCCAAAAACUCACAUAAAUACAAAAUAAGUGAAAUAUGCAAAAAAAAUAUUUUGGCAAGCAUUACACUGCGUAUUUUUUUAAAUGUUUGUGGGCCAGUCUCAUAUAAUUGAUUAUUCUAAGAAUGUGUUGUGUCUUAUCACUGUAAAUAUGGCACAAACCUGUUUAUCUUAGUAGUGUAAAUAAUUGAAAGAUUGAAUUCUCCCUGUUCAAUUUUUACUUUAAUUUCAUUGUACUUUCUCCAGCUGACAUUACUGUAUCAAAAGAUGCAUAAGAUUUUUGAUUUGCGGUUUGGAGAUAAUUGCAUUGUGUUCAGUUUCCAAUUUGUUUUUAUUUGCUUUUUAAAUUUGUUUUCAGGGUUCCUAGUUUGUGAGAAGUUGAUCUUCAGAAUUAUUUUUACACUAUUUAUGACUUAUUUUCAUAAUGUAAAAAGUGUGUAAUUAUUACAAUAUUAAUCCAAACAAUGAUAAUGAAUUGUAUUGUUAUAAAGCUUUAUUGAUGUUCAUGAAAA